AUGCUGCUGCUGCCGCUGCUGCCGCCGCCACCGCCGCCACUCGGCCCCGCAGAAUCCCCGCCUCAGCCCGGGAGGCUGUCGCAGCAACCCCGCAGUGGCGGCGAGGGGCUGCAGCGUGCGCCGCGCGAGGGCGGCGAUCCUGCCCGGGCGCGCGCUCGACGCCCGAGGAGGAGCGAGGCUCCUGGAAUGGGGGCGGGGGGAGAACGGAGAGGAGGCUCCCGCGGGCCGAGCAUCCGCGGCGAGCCCACCCGCUGCCCGAGCGGGCCCGCGCGGCACGGGGGAGGAGGGGCGGCGGGAGGCGGGGCCCGCUCCCCCGCCGCCCUCAUCGCCGCCCCUCCCCCACCCGGGGAAGGCCUGCCCCUCCCCCACCACAACAAAGCGAGGGCGCCACCCCCUCGCGCAGCCCAGGCCUGGGGCCUACGCCGCCCCCUCGCUCCUCCGCCAAGCCGGCGCCCACUCGGCCCCGCGCCCUCGCCGCUCCCGCUCGGCCCCCCGCGCCCGGCCGCCCCGGAGACCAACCUCCUCGCCCCCGAGCUGCGCCUCUGCCACCCUCGUUCUUUCUCGCUGGCUGCCCCUCACCGCUCCGCACCCGCCAUUGGCUGCCCAGACCCGGCCCCGCCCCGCCCCCUCUUCGCUCCGCCCGCAACCCGCUCCGCGCGCGAGGCCAUUGGCUUCCGCGGCCGUCCAUCCGGGGGAGCGGCGGCGCGGAAUGGAGGAAGAGGGAAGGGCGGGGUGGGACUAGGCGCCGCCCCCCCCGGCCCUGGCUCUACGCCCCUCCUCUCGCUCGCGGCCUCAGCAAACACCGAUUGGCGUCGGGAGAGGCGACCCAUCGCCCUGACGCGAGGCGCGCUCGCUCCGGGGAGGGAGGGAGGCAACGGAGGAGGGCCGAAGGUAGCUCCGGAUUGGCCGCGGCGGGCAUCAAGUCAGCCCUCCAGACUCUGGGACCCGCCUCUUUCCCCGCCCUCUUCCUCGCGUUUUCGCGACCAGAGUCGGUGGGGGGGGCUUCGCAAAAAUUGGGUUGAGCCGCAGGAAGGAGCUUGGCAGAUUCCUCCGCUUUAG